UUCAAUUGUAUACAUAUAAAUAAUGAUGUUAGAGAGUAUAGAGUUACAAGAAAGAGUAGAUCGAUUAUAUAUACAUUCGACUAUUGUAUGUGGAUACUAUUGGCAUUGCAAACAUACUACCUCAUAUCAAUGAACUACUCUAUAUUCAAGUCAUUCAUGUUUGUGAUGAUCAUAGCCAUCAUUGCCAUUCGUCUCUGUCUAAAGAUGUUUAUCAUCCGCGAGGAGUCAUUGACAGUGAUAAGAGAACUUGGAAUACAACUGCGAAAGAAGUACUUGUUGAAGGAGACGGUGGAGUUUAUCGAGAAGUCUAGGAUCAGUUCGAUCAUUAUCAACGAAGGUAUAUCACGCUAUCGCGUAGUAUAUUACAUGGCCUUUAUCGUCGAAGGCAAACAAAAGAUGAUACUGGCAUUCGACGACCUCAUUCCAAGGAUCAAUGUAUUGCUCAAAAUCUAUCGUGGCACUCGUGCGCUGAUGUAUGGAGAGAAUGAA